AUGAGCAUCUACACGCCGGUCGCAGCGACUCCGCCGCCCGCAGACCUGGCCGGGCCCACGCACUCCCACCGCCGCCCCUCGAGGAGCAAUUCCGUCUCGUCGUCGUCGGUCGUCACAGUCCGGCGGUCAGCCUCGCUCAAGGACACGAUCCCUGAUCCGUCCAAACCCCACAAGAGGGCCACACCGCCUCCCUCGCGACGCCGUUCUAGCGCUGCUGCCGGCGCCAUCGAGGGCAUUGGGACUUUUCGGGAGGGCGUUGGCAACCUGAACCGCUGGUCGCAGUCGACCACGAGCAGCAAGUCGUCGGCGAAGGAGAAGGGACACGCGCCGCACCCCAGCUUCUCGCGGCACCUGGGCCUCACCACGAAUUCGUCUCUGCCCUCGGUCAAUGGCGCUGCGGCGCAUCCGCCCUCGCCCUCGCGCCUCAAUUCCUCGCCGUCCCGCAGUACGAACGCAUAUUCUUCCACCCGCUCGCCGGCAUCGAGUCCCCAUCGACGUGCUAGGCCGCGCUCGCCGGUAUACCACCCCCCAGCCUCUGCGAGGGAACCCCCCCAGAUACCCUCCCUACCUGCCCUCCUGCCCGCCACAGUGUACGAUCCCAGCAGCCCGCACACCGGUUCGUCGAGCGAAGGCCCCUCCACGGCCGGCCUGUUUACCCCAAGCACAUAUACGACGACUACAUCGACCGACUACUUCACCUCGAAGCCACGACCCCCUCCGUCGAACCAGCGCCCGCCAUCACGCAACAGCAAAGCCGACAAAGUGCUAGGAAGGUCUCCGCUGGGUUCUCCGCCAAUUGGCGUUCUGGAGUCGGAAGCAAGGUACAGGUCGAGCUCGGCCGCUCCUCGGCCGGUGACAGCGGGCCGCCCCUCGACUGCAGCAACAAGGGACACGGCGCAGCAACCAGCACAGAGUGCGGGGCACGAGCGGUCAUAUUCCAAAGAGCAGGAUUCUCACAAGAGGAGCGAAAGCAACGCCAGCAGCAGACUGGACGACAGCUAUCUGGGCACCCCUCCGCGCAAUCGGGAGCGGAGGGAGAAGGAUAAGAAGACCAUGCUUUCGCGAGCGCUGCAGAAGGCGAACACUGCAGUCUUGCUGGACAAUGCGCAGAAUUUCGAGGGCGCCAUGGAGGCGUACGGGGACGCAUGCAGGUUAUUGCAGCAGGUGAUGAUUCGGAGCUCAGGCGAGGAGGAUAAGAGAAAGCUUGACGCAAUCCGAGUCACCUACACCAAUCGCAUAGAAGAGCUCAAGAGACUGGAUUCAGGUUACCACGCUUCAGGUGGCAAGUCAUUACCUGCUCGCCCUAUGAGCGGCGAAUCUCUAGAUGAGCAGCGCUCUAUGUUGUUGGAUGCGGGUGAGGAAGAAGAACCUGUUAUUCAAACGGCCACCGUGACAAGAAUCGUCCGUGACCGGUCCCCUGCGCCAGAACCGCCGCCUUCGCAGCCUUUACCCCUUCGGACAGCCCAAUCCGCGGGACAGCGAGAAUCCGUGAUCUCCACAGCAAUCCGUGACGUCCAGAAGGGCCUGACGAACUCGUCACAGUUUCACCUCCAACCACCUCCCGGACGCCUGGGAAACAGCAUUCCCUCCUUUUCACCUGGACUAGAAUCACCAAUGGAUCGAAGUUAUAUGCCCCCGCCGCUGUCGCCUAGACGGCCAAUAUCACCUCUGCCAUCAUCUAAACAGGACGCUGAGUCCGGUGCGGAGAGUAGGCUUUCUCAAGUAGAACAGCCUAUCCAAUCCGGACAUUCAAGAGGCCAUAGUAGUGAGUCAAUCUCCUGGCUCGACACUAUAGACGAAUCCGGAGGGUCGUCCUGUUCAUCAUCCGUACAUUCUCUCUCCCCGGGUGGUAUGCACCGAAAGCAUCUCCGAAAUCCAAGUGGCGCGACAGAGGCUGAAUUUGACGCCGCGCUUGAUGCAGCUGUUGAAGCUGCCUAUGACGAAGGCUAUGAACCGUACGAUGAUGACGAAUUACCAAACUCUGCCGAACUCAUCGCCACCAAGCUAAGGAACGUGGAGCUGGCGAAGGAACGAGUACGGGAAGCAGAACGAGAAGAAGCAAUUGCAGCGGCGAAGUACCGGUAUAAGGAGGCUCAGCUACGCAACGAAAGCUUACCGCGCGUUCGAGAAAGCGCCGAGUUCAACUUCCAUGAUCAAGCAGAAGAGGAUGAGCGGUUACUAGACGAGAUGACAAGGGAGUACAUGCUCGACGAAUUUGAUUUCGACUUGCAGACCAAGUCAGCACUGCCCCGGCAAUCGGAUUCCAGUGGCUUCUCGGGAAGCACGUACAACAGUUCUGUGUCCUCGCACAGAACAACCGGUGGAACCUCACUAUCGACCGUUGCGGAAGUGAUAUAUCCUCCGAAGCAAAAAGCACCCACGCAUUCCCCGCCACCGGUGCCUACCGCUUCUGGUGCUCUGUCUUCCGUAUCGGAAUCCCAGACGUCUCAAGGAACUGAUGUUUCGCAGACAACGCCACGAGGUCCAGUUAUUGCGAAAGAGACGGGCUCAGUACGGAACCGGAGGUUAUCUGGGCAGAAUCUGAAGAGCUUAAAGAUCGAAACAUCCUUGCCGCCCGUUCCACCCGCGCCUCACACUGACAAGGCAACGCUCCUAGAAAAGGAACCACUGCCUGAUGUGCCGCCACUACCAAAAUCAGCCGCCGCCACAACGUUCAGUAGCACGCAAUCCUCCAUCGAAUCCACCUUCAAGGUGCCAGCACUACCGCAGGCCCACCAACAACCUGGUCUUACGGCUCCGUCGCCACAGCCUCCUGUCCCAAGUCCGGCCGAUACCACUUUCACAGUCUCACCAGCUACACCGGCCCUCAGCCAUGCCAUGUCAAACGAUACCACGCUCGUGCCUGGCUCACCGAAGAAUGGAAAGGGGUCUGCAAUGGGAAUUAGGAAGAACAAGUCCUCCCUUAGCCUGAAACAGCGAACCCUGUCAAUAUCAAGUCCGGAUGGGUCGGACGGCUCAGUGGGGACGCCUCUCAGCGCCUCUUUCUCUUUUGCGGGACGCAAGCCUAGCAGUGCAGCGGCGCCGACGCCGACGCCGAGCGUACCAACCUUCAACGUCGACGGCCUACCAAGUGGAGGGAUGCACCUGUUCGAGAGUGAUAUCCAUUCUCCGUACUCACCUGGUUCUCCUAGUGCUGCUGUGGCAAACGCCCCGAUACCCCUGGAACCGUGUCCGGACUCGUAUCUCCUUCGGCCUUUCUGGCUCAUGCGCUGUUUCUACCAAACCAUUGCGCAUCCUCGCGGCGGAUACCUUUCGACAAAGCUCUUCAUACCCCGCGACGUCUGGCGUGUAAAAGGCGUGAAGCUGAAGAAUGUCGACGACAAGAUCGCGAAUUGCGACUUGCUGACCGCGGCGCUCCAGAGAUUAUCCGCUGUGGACACCCUCGACGCGGAUGCAGUACUGGAGGAAAUGCAAGCGCUUGAGGUUGUUCUUGACCAGGUGCAAACGCAGCUGGCCAAGAAGCUUGGAAACGAAGUCGGUGUACACGGCGUUUCGGCGCUCUUCAAGGAUGCCUACACCGUGGGUACCGGCUCAACAGCAGACGGCAAUUCAGACAAAGGAUCCCAUGGAUCACAGGAUCAUGGUCCAAAGAGCGCAAUGUCGCAAAGCAAGUCAUAUCUCACGUCGUGGCGGAAGCUGCGGUCGAAGGGCUCGGCUGUCGGUCUAAGCAACAUGGCUGGAGCAAAGAACGCUGGUGGCGAAGUGCCGAAGGAUUCCUUGACCAUGGCUACGCUUCCAAUGACUAAUCUACCUAACAUCAGGUUCGCCAAACGAGACAUCUCCGGUGUGGUGUUUGAGGGUCCCAACUCUGGAUAUAUGGGCAGCUUAGCGAAGCUUUUUGAUUCGGCCCAGAUAUUGGACCAAAUCGCUCGCCAAGUCGAAGACCCAGGCCUCAAACACUCGUCACCUACCCACGUCGGUCUCGAGCUCUCUGCCCGCCAUGCCGCUGAGUUCUUUGGCUUCUACAUCUGUCGCUUCGUGCUUGCGGACGUCACGCUGAUGCUGGAUAAGUUCAUCAAGAGGGGAAGCGAGUGGGUGCUCGUAUAA